CGUGGGUGCUAUUUGGCAUUAUUAUAUCAACUCAGGCUGUUGUUGGUGCAGUAUCACUCACUAUCCACCUUUGAAUUGGACUUACUUGUGCAGGUGCUGCAUCCUAAACAUGUCGGACACAGAAGAUGUCCCGUGCGAGGGACAAGGGGACGAGAAUGAAGAGGAGGAGGAGAUGGUGGAGGAAGAGGUAGAAGAGGAGGAGGAGGAGGUAGCAGAGGAGGAGGUAGCAGAGGAGAAGGUGGAGGAGGAGGAGGUAGCAGAGGAGGUGGAGGGAGAAGAAGCGGUGGAGGAGGAGAUAGAAGAUUCUGCAGGGGAAAGUGAAGGAGAAGAGGCAAAACGCAAGUUAAAGCCUGGUUUUAUGCUCGGCUUGGCACCCAUCAAAAUCCCAGAUGGAGAAAAAGUGGACUUUGAUGACAUCCAUCGGAAACGAAUGGAGAAGGACCUGACUGAGCUGCACACUCUGAUUGACGCUCACUUUGAGAAGCGUAAGAAGGAGGAAGAGGAGCUUCUCAGCCUCACAGAUCGCAUUGAGACACGCAGGUCAGAGAGAGCAGAGCAGAUGAAGAUAAGAGCCGAGAGAGAAAAAGAACGGCAAAACAAACAAGCCGAAGAAAAAGCGAGAAAGGAAGGGGAAGAGGCGAAGAAGAAAGCAGACGAUGACGCGAGGAAGAAGCUGAUUCUGUCCAACUUGAGUUUCACUGGAUACAAGACACAACCUGGGGCAAAAAAGCAAACGGAAAGGGAAAAGAAAAAGAUGAUCCUAAACGACCGGCGCAAAGAGUUAAACAUUGAUCACAUGAAAGAGGACAAACUCAGGGAAAAAGCCAAGGAACUGUGGGAAUGGAUACGCCAGCUGGAGGCCGAGAAAUUUGAACUUCAGCAUAAGCACAAUAAGCAAAAGUAUGAGGUCACCGUGCUGAGAAACCGGGUCAGUGAUCAUCAAAAAGUUUCAAAGGGUAGCAGAAGCAAGCGUGGCCUGAGGAAGUAACACCCGACGACACCCUGAGGGAAACUGGCAACACCUGACAUGUAUUGCGAGUAACAUAAACCGCAUUAACAAUGUAAAAAAAUAACAAAAUGACAAGAUUGUUAACUCUAAAUCUAUGUCCUAGCACUAAACCCGUCAUUUUGAGAGUACUAUAAGUGAAAGUUGAGAAUAAUUACUUGGUUCUUGUGUGUACUUGUUUUGUCGUCGUAAUGAAUAAAAAA